GAGCUGCCCACCAAAGCGCACGCAGGAGCCAUUUUGAAGCGCUUAUUCAUACAACUCAUAAGGAAGGCAGGAAAAAAAUAAUUUACCAGAAAGAAGGAAGACCUUUCUCAUUACCUGCCACUUUUGCUCCGGUGCGCUUCCUGCGGACUGCAGACCCCAAGAGCUGGUAGCAGAACAAUGCCUGGAGCUGUCCUUUUCCUGGGAUACUGACCUGCAGCAGCCAUGGCUCUGAUGCUCCAGAGGCGCCCUGCCAGGAGGAAAGUUUGCUGGUAGACCUGCUUGUAUUUUGGUCGAGCGGAGCUGAUGGUGCAAGGAUGGGACGAGCUGCUCCCGGCACGGAUGCCCCACUGCUGACAUGCUGGCUACUUCUGCUUGCGCAGCUCCCAGCUCUGCAUUGCAUCGCAGUACACCUGCAGCAAGGAGACAAACCCGGUACCGUGCUUGUCAGGCUCGGAGAGGCGAAUGGCACCUGCACCCUGGAUCAAGUCAUCGCACCCAAGUUCGCCACGGAUUUCAUAGCACUGGACCUGUUCCGGAGAACUUUGUUCGUUUCCCAGGCGUUAGACUGUGCCCGACUGGCAAUCAACCCUUUCCCGUUUUUCAUUACUGAAGAUUGCGGAGAGGGGAUCGAACCACCGUACCAGGGCUUCAGCAGCUUCAUAACUGCCCGAUUCGAGGUGUUUGUUCGCGGCGAAAAAUGUUUCACCAAACGGCGGAGGAAAGCUGGUCCGGACAUUGAUAUCGUGAGUCUCUGGAAGGACAAGAAGCAGGAGCGCACAGCGUGUUUCCGUGGUGGGGACCACUUGCUCCGGGUGCAUAAGUUGCUGCGAGAAGCCCUGGGAGUCGUAUGUAGGUCGCACUGUCAUAUUGACAGAAAUUCCAACUUUUCUUAUGAGGGGGGCACGUUGCUGGUAUCCGCAGAUAUCUGCCUCACUCACGAUGCCUUUGUGGGACUUCAGCUCCGUUGUAACAGGUGCACACAGGAACAUUGGAGAAGAAGGCCACUCAAACCACUAAACGUCCACCUCAGACUAGGUCUAGGGUCGUCGGACGAACAAGACCUAGUAAAGCUUCUGCAACAAGCGGCAGGAAAAGGCACUAGAAGGAUUAGCAGAAGAAAGAGAAACGUGAACAACAGCCCCCAAUUCCAGCCUCCUACCUACCUGGUUUCAGUGCCGGAGAACAAGCCUGCUGGUACAACAGUGGUUGUUUUGAAAGCUACAGAUCCUGAUGAAGGGGAAGCUGGCAAGUUGGAAUACUCUAUGGAUGCCCUGUUUGACAGCCGGUCUAAUAAUGUCUUUGUACUUGACCCCCAUUCUGGGGUGGUCACUACAGCAGAAGAACUGGACAGAGAAACUAAGAGUACCCAUGUUUUCAGAGUUAACGCUGUUGACCAUGGAACCCCCAGGCGGACUGCUAUGGCAACCCUUACCAUCACAGUCAGCGAUACUAAUGACCACGACCCUGUUUUUGAGCAGCAGGAGUACAAAGAGAGUGUUCGGGAGAAUUUGGAGAUAGGCUAUGAGGUACUUACAGUCAGGGCUACUGAUGGGGAUGCCUUAGCCAAUGCCAACAUCUUGUACAAGGUAAUCAACAGCGAUGGAGCCAGCGAAGUGUUUGAGAUUGAUGCUAGAUCUGGAGUAAUUAGAACCAAAGGCCCCGUGGACAGGGAAGUGCUGGAGUAUUACCAGCUACUUGUGGAGGCUAAUGACCAAGGUAAGGACCCAGCCCCACGGAGUGCCACUACAACUGUCCACAUAACUGUGGAGGAUGACAAUGACAACUCGCCACAGUUCAGUGAAAAACGAUACCUGAUUCAAGUACCAGAAGAUGUGACUCCGAACACUAAAAUUUUACAAGUGACAGCUACAGAUCGAGAUAAGGGUAAUAAUGCCAUAGUGCACUACAGUAUAAUGACUGGCAAUACACGGGGGCAGUUCUAUAUUGAUGCACAGACUGGUAGUAUUGAGGUUGUGGGCCAGCUAGAUUAUGAAAUGAAUAAAGAAUAUACACUGAGAAUCAGAGCCCAAGAUGGCGGAAGGCCACCCCUCUCAAAUAUUAGUGGUAUGGUAACCGUUCAAGUACUAGACGUGAACGACAACGCACCUAUCUUUGUGAGUACUCCAUUUCAGUCAACAGUCCUGGAAAAUGUACCUGUUGGCUAUUCAGUCAUUCACAUUCAAGCCAUUGAUGCAGAUUCUGGAGAUAAUGCUCGUUUGGAGUAUAGACUGGUUGACAUGACCCCUGACUUUCCUUUUGCCAUCAACAACAAUACUGGUUGGAUAAUGGUGUCAUCUGAGCUAGACAGAGAGACGAUGGACUUUUAUAAUUUUGGAGUGGAAGCAAGCGAUCAUGGCUUUCCUCCUAUGACCUCAUCUGCCAGUGUCAGUAUCUCUGUCCUUGAUGUAAACGAUAACAACCCAGAAUUUUCUGAGAAACUUUACAAUAUACGUCUGAAUGAGGAUGCAGCAGUGGGAACUAGUGUAUUAACUGUCACUGCUGUAGACAGGGAUAUAAACAGUGUGGUAACUUAUCAGAUAUCCAGUGGUAAUACAAGAAAUCGUUUUUCUAUAACUAGUCAGAGUGGUGGAGGACUGAUAACAUUGGCAUUGCCACUUGAUUACAAACUAGAAAGGCAGUAUAUUUUGGUCAUUACAGCUUCUGAUGGCACAAGGUUUGACACUGCGCAAGUAUAUGUAAAUGUAACCGAUGCCAAUACUCACCGACCAGUGUUUCAGAGCUCUCACUAUACAGUCAGCGUCAAUGAGGAUAGGCCCAUAGGAACUACCGUUGUAGUUAUCAGUGCUACAGAUGAAGACACUGGGGAGAACGCCCGCAUCACCUACUUCAUGGAGGACAGCAUCCCUCAGUUUAAGAUCGACCCAGAUACUGGUGCUGUCACAACCCAGAUGGAAUUAGACUACGAAGACCAGGUCUCCUACACUCUUGCAAUAACAGCACGAGAUAACGGGAUUCCACAAAAGUCAGACACCACGUACCUUGAGAUUUUGGUAAGUGAUGUGAAUGACAACUCUCCACACUUUUUGAAGGAUAGUUACCAGGGUUCUGUUUAUGAAGAUGUUCCCAUGUUUACAAGUGUCCUUCAGAUCUCUGCCACAGACCGAGAUUCUGGGUUAAAUGGGAGAGUUUUUUACACAUUCCAAGGUGGUGAUGAUGGCGACGGGGAUUUUAUUAUUGAAUCUACAUCAGGUAUUGUCCGAACUUUUCGCAGACUUGACAGGGAGAAUGUACCCGUGUAUGAUCUGAAGGCUUUUGCAAUGGAUAAGGGUGUUCCACCUCUGAAGACACCAGUAAACAUCCAGAUAGCCAUUCUAGAUGUGAAUGAUAAUCCUCCAGUUUUUGAAAAGGAUGAGUUUGACAUUUUUGUGGAAGAAAAUAGCCCAAUUGGGCUAGUAGUGGCUAGAAUAACAGCCACCGAUCCUGAUGAGGGCACCAAUGCUCAGAUAAUGUAUCAGAUAGUGGAGGGUAAUAUUCCUGAGGUCUUCCAGCUGGAUAUAUUUUCUGGAGAACUGACUGCACUUAUCGAUUUAGAUUAUGAAGUUAAAUCAGAGUAUGUAAUUGUCGUUCAAGCUACCUCUGCACCCCUAGUCAGUAGAGCUACAGUCCACAUCCGUUUAUUGGAUAAAAAUGACAAUUUUCCAGUACUGAAGAAUUUUGAAAUAAUUUUUAACAAUUAUGUUACCAACAAGUCUAGUAGUUUCCCAAUUGGAGUAAUUGGAAAGAUUCCUGCAUACGAUCCUGAUGUGUCUGACACAUUAAGUUACUCUUUCGAACAGGGAAAUGAACUGAGUUUGGUUAUACUGAAUGAAACAACUGGGGAAUUGAUGCUGAGCCAUGCCCUGGACAACAACCGACCACUUGAGGCAACUAUGCGAGUAGCUGUAUCUGAUGGUGUUCACAGCGUGACAGCACAGUGUACCCUGCAGGUUACCAUUGUGACAGAUGAGAUGCUUACUAACAGUAUCACACUGCGCUUGGAGAACAUGUCUCAGGAAAGAUUCCUCUCUCCACUGCUCUCUCUGUUUGUCGAAGGAGUUGCAGCAGUCCUUUCCACCACAAAGGAGGAUAUAGUCAUAUUCAACAUCCAGAAUGACACAGAUGUCCGUGCAAACAUUCUAAAUGUGAGUCUGUCUGUCCUGCUGCCUGGUGGUGCCCAGGAUCAGUUCUUCUCUUCUGAGGAUCUCCAAGAACAAAUCUACCUCAACAGGACAUUACUGGCUGCCAUUUCUACACAACGUGUCCUGCCCUUUGAUGAUAACAUUUGCCUGCGAGAGCCAUGUGAAAACUACAUGAAGUGUGUGUCUGUGCUAAAAUUUGAUAGCUCUGCCCCCUUCAUUGCUUCUGAUACUAUACUUUUCCGUCCGAUCCACCCUGUUAAUGGAUUGCGUUGUCGCUGCCCUGCAGGAUUUACUGGAGAUUAUUGUGAGACAGAAAUAGACCUUUGUUACUCCAACCCCUGCGGGAAUAAUGGCAUUUGUCGCAGCAAGGAGGGCGGGUACACCUGCGAAUGCCGCGAGGAUUUUACUGGAAAUCAGUGUGAAGUGAAUGUUCGGUUAGGUCGCUGCAACCCUGGAGUGUGCAAAAAUGGAGGCACAUGUGUAAACCUGCUGGUGGGCGGGUUUAAAUGCGACUGUCCAUCAGGGCACUAUGAGAAACCGUACUGCGAGAUGACAACCCGGAGCUUCCCUUCUCAGUCCUUCAUCACCUUUAAGGGAUUGCGUCAGAGGUUUCACUUCACAAUUUCCCUCACGUUUGCCACGAAGGAGAAGAACGGCCUGCUACUCUACAAUGGGCGCUUCAAUGAGAAACAUGAUUUUGUUGCAUUAGAAAUCAUCGGUGAACAAAUCCAACUCACAUUCUCUGCAGGAGAGUCGACCACCAGAGUCUCGCCCUACAUCCCUGGGGGUGUGAGUGACGGACAGUGGCAUACUGUACACCUGCAGUACUACAAUAAGCCAAUUAUUGGGACGUCCGGUGUUCCCCAAGGGCCAUCAGACCAGAAGGUUGCUGUGGUAACGGUAGAUGACUGUGAUACCUCUGUUGCUUUAAGGUUCGGUAGUGUCGUAGGGAACUAUAGCUGCUCAGCUCAAGGGAUGCAGUCUGGAUCCAAAAAAUCCCUAGAUCUGACAGGUCCCCUGUUGCUUGGAGGAGUACCAAACCUGCCAGAAAAUUUCCCACUUCAGAACCGUGAAUUUGUGGGCUGCAUGCGUAAUCUUCUAAUAGAUAACCAACAUAUCGACAUGGCAGACUACAUAGCAAAUAACGGGACUGUGCCAGGGUGUGCAGCUAAGAAGAACUUUUGUGAGUCUAAUACGUGUGUGAAUGGUGGGACAUGUGUCAAUCAGUGGGACUCUUUCAGCUGUGAAUGUCCACUUGGAUUCGGUGGGAGGAACUGUGAACAAGUAAUGGCACUCCCCCAGCAUUUCCAGGGUAACAGUUUAGUCUCAUGGAAUAACCUUGCAACAACCCUUUCCUCGCCCUGGUACAUGGGCUUGAUGUUCCGUACACGGCAAGGCAGUGGCGUCCUCCUUCAAGCAGCUGUGGGCCAGUCUUCAACAAUAAGUCUUCAGCUGAAUGAAGGCAAUGCAUUGUUAUCAGUUUACCAAGACAACAGCCAUAUCCUAACAGUUGCGAUGGACCAAGUGAAGGUAAAUGAUGGGGACUGGCACCAUCUGAAAGUUCAACUGAAAAGCAGCCGAGAUGGUGAGGAGAGCAGAUAUAAAGCCAUCAUGGAGUUUGAUUAUGGGCUUCAUCAGGUGAUGGACUAUAUUGGCAUUGAACUUCAUGGGCUCAAACUACGGAAUCUAAGCCUUGGAGGAGUGUUUGGUGACAACGGAGAGGUGCAGCAGGGAUUCCGAGGCUGUAUGCAGGGCGUUAGAAUUGGUGAAACUUCAUCUAGUGCUGUGGCACUAAACAUGAACCAAGCCACGAAAGUGAAUGUAGAGCAUGGCUGCAGCAUUCCUGAUCCGUGUGACUCGAAUCCAUGCCCAGCAAACAGCUACUGCAAUGACGACUGGGACAGUUACUCGUGCAGUUGUGAUCCUGGUUAUUAUGGUGACAGCUGUCAAGAUGUCUGCUCUCUGGACCCCUGUGAACACCAGUCAACCUGUAGCAGAAAGCCAAGCUCGUCACAUGGGUACACCUGCGAAUGCCCAGAAAACUACUUUGGCCAGUACUGUGAGAACAAGAUUGACCAGCCCUGCCCGCGUGCAUGGUGGGGUCACCCCAUGUGUGGCCCCUGCAACUGUGAUACCAGCAAAGGCUUUGAUUCUGACUGCAACAAAACAAAUGGAGCAUGUCGAUGUAAGGAAAAUCAUUAUCGUCCCCAAGAGAGUGACACCUGUUAUCCAUGUGACUGCUAUCCAAAGGGAUCUGCAUCUCGGACAUGUGACACUGAGACUGGGCAAUGCCAGUGUAAGCCAGGUGUGAUUGGACGACAGUGUGAUCGCUGUGACAACCCGUUUGCUGAAGUCUCCCAAGAUGGCUGUGAAGUAAUCUAUGAUAGCUGUCCUCGGGCAAUUGAAAUGGAAAUCUGGUGGCCAAGGACCAAGUUUGGACUUCCUGCUGCAGUUCCCUGCCCAAAGGGAUCAUUUGGUACUGCUAUUCGGCAUUGUGACGAACACAAGGGUUGGCUUCCUCCAAAUUUGUUUAACUGUACCUCCAGCACCUUUGCAGAACUGAAGAACUUUGCUGACAAGCUGAGUCGCAAUGAGUCGCAAUUGGACACUGCCAAGUCACGGCAAAUGGCGCAGAUGCUGCAGAAUGCUACACACCGUACAGGAUUUUACUUUGGUAGUGACAUCAAGGUGGCAUAUCGUCUUGUCAGUAAUAUUCUGGAAUAUGAAAAUAAACAGCACGGUUUUGGACUGGCAGCGACACAAGAUGUCCACUUCAGCGAGAACCUUAUAAAGGUGGGAAGUGCACUCCUGGAUGAAGCCAACAAGCAGCACUGGGAUUUGAUCCAGCAUACGGAGGGUGGCACAGCACGCAUGCUGAAGUACUAUGAGGACUAUGCCAGUGUGUUAGCACAGAACAUGAAGAAGACCUACCUCAGCCCUUUCACCAUUGUGACACCAAAUAUCGUGAUUUCAGUUGAUCAUCUGGAGAAGAUGAACUUUGCUGGAGCUAAGCUUCCUCGGUAUGAAGCUCUUAGGGGAGAGAGGCCUGGUGACCUGGAGACCACCGUAAUUCUGCCAGAAACAGUUUUCAGGGCUGCAGAGAACAAACAUUUCUCUCCCACCAACACAAAGGCCCCUGAUACUUCUACCCAGGAGGAGGGUAUCACUUCAGCUAAGCGACAGAAGAGACACCCUGAUACCAACGGCGGUCCAGCUAUUGCUAGUGUGAUCAUCUAUCGGACUUUAGCAGGUUUACUACCUGAGCAGUAUGACCCAGACAAAAGGAGUCUCCGAGUUCCUAAACGUCCAGUCAUUAAUACAGCCGUGGUCAGCAUUACAGUGCACGAUAAUGAGGAACUACUACAACACACCCUGGAUAAGCCAAUCACUGUGCAGUUCCGGCUUUUUGAGAAAGAAGAACGUUCUAAGCCCAUCUGUGUCUUUUGGAAUCACUCUAUACCGAUCGGUGGGAUUGGUGGCUGGUCAGCGAAAGGUUGUGAGGUUGUCUUCAGAAAUGAGUCGCACAUUAGCUGCCAGUGUAAUCACAUGACCAGUUUUGCAGUACUGAUGGACAUCUCCAGGAGAGAGAAUGGAGAGAUUCUGCCACUGAAGAUCGUGACAUAUUCGACCAUUGCUGUCUCCUUGGGUGGAAUUCUGCUGACCUUCUUAGUCCUUGUCAUCCUGAGAUCACUGCGAUCCAACCAGCACAGUAUCAGCAGGAACAUGGCCGUUGCUCUUUUCUUAUCCUACCUCAUCUUCCUCCUGGGUAUCAACCAGGCCGACAGCCCCUUUGUAUGCACAGUAAUCGCAAUCCUGCUUCACUUUUUCUUCAUGUGCACCUUUGCAUGGAUUUUUCUGGAGGGACUUCACAUAUAUCGUAUGCUGAGUGAGGUGAGAGACAUCAACUUUGGUGCCAUGCGGUUCUACUACAUGAUUGGGUGGGGAGUUCCUGCCUUCAUUACAGGUUUGGCAGUGGGUUUGGACCCAGAGGGUUAUGGAAAUCCAGAUUUCUGCUGGCUAUCUCUCUAUGAUACACUCAUCUGGAGCUUUGCAGGGCCUAUCGCUGUAGCCAUAUCGAUGAGUGUGUUUUUGUAUAUCCUGGCAGCAAAAGCCUCCUGUAGUUUGCGACACCAAGGCUUUGAAAAGAAGGGAACAGUCUCGGGCCUGCGAACAGGGGUUGGAAUCCUACUGCUUGUGACGGCCACCUGGUUAACAGCUCUGUUGUGCGUUAACAGUGACAGCAUUAUCUUCCACUACGUCUUCGCUGGCUUCAGCAGUGUCCAGGGUCCGUUUAUUUUCUUCUGCCGAAUUGUUUUUAGUAAGGAAGUACGAAGAGCAAUCAGAGGUGCCUGCAGCAAAAAACAUGCUGACGAUCCUUUGGUCGCCACCAAAUCCACACUGGCUUCUUCCUACAACUGUAACAAUACGUAUGUGGAUGGCAGACUGUAUUGCACACCUUUUGGAGAAUCAACUGGUUCUCUGCACAGCACGCUGAGGUCUGGGAAGAGCCAACACAGCUACAUUCCAUUUGUUCUCAGGGACGACUCUGGAUUGAACAACAGCCAGGCCCAUAUUGCCCUUGGAGAUCCCAAUUCUGCAAUCUUCCAUGAAGCCAAGGACCAUCCUGAUGAUCGUGAUUCGGACUCAGACAGUGAUCUAUCGAUGGAGGAUGACCAGAGCGGGUCAUUUGCAUCAACACAUUCCUCAGACAGCGAAGAUGAUGAGGAUUACAUGGGGGAACCAUGCUGGGAGACCCUGUCAUCCCCUAAUAAUGAAAAGUUUCCUGUGCACAGUACUCCAAAAGUGGACAACAUUUCAGCACCCACAAAGCCGUACUGGCCUGGAGAGUUUGUGACGACAGCAAGUGAAAGUGAAGGACAUGUAGGGUCUGAGAAGCUGAAAGUUGAAACAGUGGCUAGUGUAGAGCCGCACCGUGACAAGCUCGGACAGCUAGAGGAGAAGCCGAGAGAAAUUGGAGAUGGAACUUACAAAGAUAACGCACUACCUUCCUAUCCACCAUCUGUCUUGCAACCCCAGAAAGGCAUCCUGAAAAAGAAGAGGCUCCCAACAAUUCAUGAAAAAAACAGCAUCAAUCGAAUACACAAUGAGCUGGCGAGUCACAAGAUGGGCCCAGUUUCUUCGCGAGCUUCUUCAUCUAGUGAAGGGAGUCGACCAGGCGGAGUACAGAGAACAAAGCAAACAUUGCAAGAACAACUGAAUGGUGUGACACCAAUAGCAAUGAGUAUUAAAACUGGAACAAUGGAUGAGGACUCUUCAGGCUCAGAAUUCCUGUUCUUUAAUUUUCUUCAUUAAAACAUAAACUGUAUUGUUUUUGUUAAAGCACCAUUCCGAGACAUAUACCUCAGAACAGAUUUGAUACUUUCAUCUGCACCACACUUUCAGCACGUUCUCACGUCCAUCUCAUUUCUUUAUUUUUGUUCUUCUUUUUGAUUGGUUGUUUGCAUUCCACAUGACAAUGAGCAGCAGCGAUGAGACCUCAAUAUGAAUCAAUGAUCACAUCCUGAUUGGGGAAGUACCUAAGGAGUGGAGAGAUGGCGCAGUCACUUCUGUCUCGCAUCACAAGGAGCAGAGCAUCAUACAACAGCUCGCACAGUGCUGGAGCAGAGCCUCUGAUUUUGAGACAAAAAAAUCCACAGGAAUAAGGCAUGUGCUUCCUUCUUGCAAGUACAAGUGUUGGUGUGAUGGAACAAUGUUUUCUUAUUAAAUAGUGCCAAAUGUUGCCACUGUAAAACUCCAUGGUACACCCAGAAUGGUGCCAGAAAAUGGUGCCAGGACUGCAGAAUCGAAAUGUACUUGAACCUGUUGCACUUUGGACUCUCGCAAGCAGAGCAUAUCAAGUUUUUUUGGUUUUGUUACAGUAAAACAUAAAACUAGUUUCAGAACUGACCCAUUUUUUCUUAAUGCAAAAAAAUUGAAUUUUAACCUUCAGGGAAUAACUGCAUCUGCUGGGCCAUUGGCAAGCAUGUGGCUAUGGACAGAGACGUUUCUGUAGACCAUCUCAGUUGGUGCAGAGCCUUAAAUUCACGACAACACUACAAAAAAUAACAGCUCGUUGCCUGCGUUCAUGGUGCUUGUAGGGUAUACUAGCAGUGAACUUGAAUAGAAGACACCUUUAGCAUGUGUGCUUGCUUUAGUGUCCAGUUUUCUAGCUGCAGCUGAAGUGUGUGCUGCCAGGAUGAGACAUCCUACAUUUCACAUUGCUGUAAAUGUUGAUGGCCUUUACUGCUGCUCAAAAUUCCAUGUAACGCUGGAGAAGUUGUCCUGCAUUUGGUGUGUAAGUGGUUACAAUCCUCUGAAUCUACAUAAAAAGUGCAUACAUUCAGCAUGCCAGUAACAAAUCAUUCAUUUACCAUUAAAGAACUGGCCAACUUCCAUCAAAGAUAUGAUUCCACAGUUUGCAGACUCACAGCAAGAAUGUUUUGAAAGCUGCUGUAAUGUGUUGUUCCUUUACAGAGUCAGUCUUCAUGUGGUAUAGGGAAUAAAACUAAAAAGUAACUCAUCCAUUGAGGAGUAUUUAUAUUUAUUUUUUUUUUUUUUGCAAAGGAUGGUACAUUAUAUAAAUGCAGGAGUGUGCCCAUAUAAUUAAUGCUAUAUCAAAUGUUGUAAAUGAAAAUAAAUGAAAACAGAGUGCAGUGUCUAAACGAUAGGACUCUGUUUCGAAUGUCUCCCUGUUUCUCUUCUCCUGAAGUUGCUGGUUACCUCUGCAUUUUUAUUUGACAUCACAGUCCCUGUAUGUAAGAUUGUCUCCUCUCCAGUCCUUUACUUGUUUGCCACAAGGCCAAGAAUCAGUUUGAAUCAUCGGCUGUUGUGAGUAAAGAUGUUGAGAAACCUGACUGGCCAGAGUUAAUGCAUACUUCUGUUAAACACAGGUAGCUGUUAUCACCGUUGCAGCUGUCAUCUGCUGUUUUCACUUUGUUUUGGUCUAUAUAUUUGAUAUCCUGUUGUAUACUUAAUAGCAGAAGAUUUCUUGUCUGAUGACUGUGCCUUGCGGCAUAGUGCUGAUGCAGUUAACUGUCAUCAGGUAGUGUUAAUUGCAGUAGAUAUUUAAUUAUUUGCAUGACUAAAAUGAAUUUCCUAGUUAUAUUUGUGGACCUCUAGGAUUCAAAUUUCACUGCAUGCACUUCACCAGUCUGCCUUCAUUUUAGCUGUGGCUAGCACCAAAGCUGAGUUCCUCGACUGAAACUGUGUCACAGGUUGAAACAGGGCUUGAGGUACCCUCCAGCCUGUAGUGAAGGCAACAGGGUUGCCAAGGAGGGUAGGUCCUUGUCGACUCGGGGGUGAGGCAUACACAACAGUACAGUAAUGUAUUUCUCCAUCCUCAGUAGAUGGGCACUGGAUAAUUGGGACAACAGCGGUUGAAUUGCUGGAAUAAGAAAGGCCGAGCUCUGCCUGUCCGACUAACGGACCCACUACUGAUCAUCAUGCUGCAUUUUUAUACGAACAUUAACUUGCUAAGCAGAUUCCGUACUGACGCACUGUGUGUGUGUGUGUGUAAACAAUGCCUUUCUGCCAGUUAGCCUUCUUUCUUUAUGGGAUGCUGGAAACCGCCUUCAGAACUGAUGCCUACAUGAACCUGCUUUACUUUAAACUGCUUUUUAUAAUCAGCUGUGAAAACUAAAGAAUUGUAAUUCAGUUUUAUUGUUAUUGGAGAGAUCAUUUUAAUUUGGCCUUGUCUGAAGGAUGGUUGAUUUGUAGUAGAACACUGUUUGCUUUUUGUAAUUAAUGUUGUAGUGACUGAUAUAUUUUAUAUAUAUUUAUAUAUAUAUAUAUAUAUAUAUAUAUAUAUGUAGUGAAACAGCAUGACAUGCAAAAUUAACCCUUCGAAGACUUGUCAGUCUAGUAAGUUUGCAACCUGCUGCAUGCCCUUACUACAUCCCUGAGGAGACAGAUUAAAGUCAAAGGUUGUACCUUUGAAUGUACACAGUUUGGCACAGAAAUUGCCAGGUUUCUCUUACUGGAAGGUGCUGCGGAAGAAUUCUUGUCAUGUUGACCUCAUUUGACCAGAUUGUGCUUGACCUUUACAGUGCAUUUGUCAUCAAAGUCGUGGCCUUUGCACACCAUGUCUUUCAUCGGCCCUUCCUUUUGGGGACAGUUCCUUAUCAUGUUCAUCAACUUUUGGAUGAUCUGUUUAGCAGAUCACAUGAUGGCUGCUGGGCUCCGACACACAUUUCGCUUCAGGUGUUGAGAAGGGUUGAAGCAGCAUUAAUAGAAGUGCAAGUCUGCCCUUUUGUGACCCUAGGAAACUAAAAGAAAGGUUGCCAAAUCCUGUGCCCCAACAGUGGUGAACAUGUAUGCAGCUGUAGCAAGGCGAGAGGUCUGCAGCUUACUUGUUCACCAUAUGAGACAGUCUGUGACUGAGAGUUCACAUCUUUCAGGAGUGGACUCUAUUUGUUAUGAAUGAGGAUAUUAGCUGCAGUGUUUGCUUCUUUAAGAAGCUAUUUCAGGAACUGCCCAUAGAGAUAAUCACCUUAAGCAUACAAAGAUUAGAAUCUGAAAACGGGCAGGGUCGUUGACGGCUGGCUGAGCUGCAAAUUCUCAAACAGUUUUGCCAAUUUCCCAACAAAAUUCAGUUGCUCUGAAGUAUGUCAGUGUCAAGGUUAGAAUACUUAGUUUGUGGGGAUAUAGUGAUAUAGCAGCACUUGUGAUAUAGAGAUUCAGACACUCCUGUCAGUAUCGUGCACUCCCUAUAAAAUGGCAUAUUCGAUAGUUUAAAAGGACAUAUUGAACUCAACAAAAAAAGUGUCAUUGUCUUUAGACUAGCUUGCAGCAGUUGUUCAGCCUGCCUGAAUAUAAUUUUCGGUUACACCUAAACUACUAUGGUAUAAGUAAUGUUCUUCAAAAUACUUUGUUGCAUCUGUGCAUACUGACUGUUGUGCUUCCCCCAAUCAGACUAAAGUCUCUUCAUUCCCCCCAAGCUGGAUAUCCUUGGUACAGAAGUGAGAGCUGUUUGGAAGGAUAUAUACAUAUAGGUAGCCAUGGAGGACGAGGGCAUUAAUGUUACUGUUCCAACCCUGUCCUUGGAGGGGGGAGGUGCACCCCGUAUCAUAAAAGGGCCCUCAGUGUCAUGCUGGUGCAUCUACUUUGAAGGCUUGCGCUGUACAGCAGCAGUUUGAUGCAUGCUUCUUGCUGCAUUUGUGCCUGCUGCUACUUCAUUGAGCGAUUGAGACACAACACAGAACUGCUUUGCCCAACCUUCAGAUUGGCACCCCCCAAGCCUUCCCAACAGACACCUGAGCCACCAGCAGAACUUGAGUCACCUGGGCAGCAGGUAUCCUGCAAAACAUUUGCCAACUUGAGUCACCUGGGCAGCAGGUAUCCUGCAAAAACACUUGCCAGCUUGGGUCACCUGGGCAGCAGGUAUCCUACAAAACGUGCCAUUGUUAAUAGUAAAUACUGGUGUAUGAACUAACAGCAUUAGGUAUUUUUCCAGCUGCCCUGAAUAAAUUUCCGCAAUCUUUUUAAAAGGUUUGAGGGGAUCUCCUUUAAAUAUAGGCCAUUAGUGUAGUGGGACUAACCUGGCUAGCAAAACUGCAUAAAUAAAUAACUAUGGUAUAAAACAGAAACUUUCAAGAAUAGGAAGUAAAAUGUUAUUAAUAUAGGAACUACAUUACUCUCUUGAUAACUUAUCAUUUGCAGAAUAAUAUAUAUCCCUUAAACCUAAGAAACCUUUUAUUUUUCCUCUUUAAGCAUGUGAACACAGGUAACAUGCCAACUUCUGUAUGCUGACAGUGCUUCAUUAAAGUUUACUUUUAUUUUGUUUUUCUUUCUUGCCAUGCACACUGGAGCUAUAUAAUGUUGUCGCAAUAUAACAGAAGUUUUUGGUAGAUGCAUUCAUUAAAAAUGUAUAUAGCCAUGUAUUAAUGUCUCGUAAAGACUAUAAAAUCCCAGUGGGGUGGGACUGUAUUUGCUGGGACAGAACCUGGGCUGCUAUCUCUUGCAUCUAUGCAUAUUUUGCUUGCAGUGUGGCAGAAAGAACAGCAUUUAUACUGUGUUAUUAGUUGAGUAUAAGUUUUGUGCAAAUGCAUAUGCAAAUGGAGUUGGUGCCCUUUUUAUAUCCAUUUCAGGUAAUCAUGUCAGAACUUCAAAGGGUUAAUUUUACACUGUGUAGCAUUUUUGAUUGACAAAAACACUGAAAACUGCUGGACCAUGUUAAUAUUAACAGCAAUGUACAGUUUAGCUGAUGAUGUACAUAUUCCCUUUUAAUGUUUAAAUUAAAUGUAGUUUUUAUUACUGGUAUUCUGACCUGAAGCCAGACCAUUGUGGGCAGAUUGUGCUGCCACAGAUCUUGUGCUAUUGCUUAUGGUUGGCUGCAUGUGGUCGGGGAAGGAGUGGCUAUUUACAGAAAACGUUCCAAGAAAAAGGACUUUGGUGGGGAGGGAUCGGCAAACAGGCAUUAGCACAAUGAAAAAAGAAAAUGUACAAUAGAACUGUAAAAUAUGUGCUUUUUCUACUGAUUUCUACUGAAAUGUUCGAUGUUUAUUUCUAGAAGGAAAAAAUGUUCAUUUGUUCAUUUUUCUAAAAGGUGAUAUUGUGUUCAAAGAGAAAGUAGUAGUAAAGGAAUGUCAUGGUUUAACAUGAA